AUGACAGCAAUCAAAUCAAAGGAGGACGUUCGCAUUGCUUUGGAGGUGAUGUCACAAAUUCAGGCAAGGCUGUGCAAGGAGAGAGACGAACUAAGAGUUCUCUUGUCAUCGCCGUUGAUGGUCUGUGAACUUACCGAACUCUCGUCGGAGUUCACAUCUAUUUCCUCAGGCUAUGAUGAUGCAGUGGAGCGCAUAAACAACUUAGUGAGCUCGCUACAAAAACUCGACGAGGUUUGGACAGAAUGGAGUGAACAGUUGAAGGGGAUACGAGAUCAGAUGAAUCGCAUUGAAGAUAAUUUGAAAGCGGAUAAAUUUGACCAGCUCCAAAUUUCCGAAGAAAUGGAGCUUUGUCAGGAAAGAAUGAAUAGCCUUGAAACCAUGUGCAACUACCUUACCACUUCGCUGCAAUCUGUCCAAGGUUCCGAAAGCAGCGCGGCUCUACCUGACUUCCGAUCAGAAAUUGUUCUCUAUGAAAAUGCCAUGGAACAGUUGAAAACGAGAUUUCAAGAGCACUUCCGAAUUCCUACCCCACCAGGACCAGUUACGAUACCGAAGGAGCCACAACAGUGCACGAAACGUCGUGUGAAGACUCAGUCGACACUCACUCAGACGUCCAUUCUUCCAAGACCCCAUCAAAGUCUUGGUAGUCGUCUAUACAAAGCAAUCGCAGCCUCAACAGUGGCGAAACUUGUUUUCAUAUUAGCCCUGUUGGCAACGAUGGCUACUCUGAUAUAUGUUGGGCUGUUCGGUACGACAUUUGGGCCGCAUCUAAUUUAUGUUAAUGGACCACCACCUGUUUGA